AUGGAUGAGAACAUCACAGAGAUUGACCUAUCCGAGCUCUACGACGAUAUCUACUACGUGCUCAGCCAGGAGGGUAUCACAAAAGCGCACACGAUAGAACAUGCCUCCAUCCCGCUCCGUGUCAUCCUCGGGCUUGUCUACAGCCUCAUCAUCCUCAGCUGUGGCGUGGGGAACCUGCUACUCCUCAUCGUUAUGGGGAGAUACAAGAAGGCACGGACCACGACCAACCUUCUCAUAGCCAACCUGGCGCUGUCAGACUUCGUGGUCGCCGUGCUGUGUAUCCCCUUCGACCUGGACUAUUACAUCAUCAACGAGAGGGCCUGGAACUACGGACCACACAUGUGCCGACUGGUCAACUAUGUCAAGAUGGUGUCCCUCUACGUGUCCACUGACGCUCUGCUGGUGAUUGGAGUUGACAGAUACAUGAUGAUCCUCCAUCCUAACCGGCAGCGGAUGGGUCGGAAGAGCGCCAUCUUGGUGUCCGUUGGUGUGUGGGUGUUCUCCAUGCUGAUCGCCAUCCCCUCCGCCAAGUUCUCCAAGAUCCAGCCUUACUCCAACGAGACGCAGUUUUUCUGCGGGGUGGUGUGGGACGUCAAGGUGGAGACGGCCUCCAAGUGGUACUUUGGCAGCAUGCUGGUGUUCCAGUUCGUCCUGCCGGUCCUCAUCAUGGCGUUCUGCUACCUGGCCGUGGUGUGGCAGGUGUUCCACAGGGAGCCGCCGGGAGUUGUGACGGAGGCCCACCGGGCGACGCUGCAACGCUCCAAGAAGAAAACGCUGCGCCUUGUGGCGAUGCUGGUGAUGUUCGUGCUGUGCUGGGCCCCGUACUACAUCUGCACGGCCAUCAGGGACUUUCACGACAUCCUCGACAACAACCCCAUGAACACCAACAUCUUCUACGCCGUGGAGGCAACGGCCAUGGGCAACAGCGCCAUCAACACGUGCGUGUACGUGGCCUUCAACGAGAACGUCAUCCAGUACGCCAACAAGUUCCUACAGGAGUGUCUGGCGUCACGCAAGAACAAUGAGAGCACGAUUGUCACCUUCCGGUCGAGACAGGCGACCGACCAAACCCACAUGACGGAGUUCCACAUCAGUAACACGAUCUAAGGGGA